GAUCGACGGGGACGGGCUGAAAGAAACACACAGCCUUUUCAGUUCCAGACAGCACAGCGCAACACAGCUUUCCUCCUCCUAUCGUCUCUCCCUCCUCUGCAGGCUCUCUCACUGGUGGUUCCACUUCCAUCCAGCUGAGACCACAGCUCUCACUCUCUCACGCACCAAGGCAGCACUUGGAUCUCCUGCUAUAUAUAAAAGCCGAGGCCGCUUGAUUCCUAGCUAGCUAGCCACCCGUUGCCGGCCGAUUUGCUGAGUUCAUUUCCUCUGCAUCAACUGAAGCCGUAGCAAUCCCUUAAGGCCGGCGUCCCUUAAUCAGUCAAUCGCUCGUUCCCUCGAUCCAGAUCCAUCGACCGAGGAGGCAGGCAUGGAUUGCGGGGCUGAUGAGCAGGCGAAGCAGCAGAACGGCGGCCAUGGCGGUGCCGGCGACGACCCGGCGGAGUGGAAGAAGGUGGGCGAGCUGAGGGCCGUCGUCGAGGCCCAGGACCCUGCAUCAAAGGAGGAGGACGACUUCAUGCUGCGGCGGUUCCUGCGCGCCAGGGACCACAACAUCGGCAAGGCGUCGGCGAUGUUCCUCAAGUACCUCGCCUGGAAGCGGACGGCGAAGCCCCGCGGCGACGUCACCGACGACGAGGUGCGCAACGAGCUCGCGCAGGAGAAGCUCUACAUGCAGGGCCACGACAAGGAGGGCCGCCCCAUGGUAUACGUCAUCGGCGCCCGGCACCUCCCCUCCCGCCGCGACCUCGACGAGUUCAAACGCUUCGUCGCCUACGUGAUCGACCGCACCUGCACCAGGUUGCCGGCAGGGCAGGAGAAGUUUGCGGCGGUGGCGGACCUGAAAGGGUGGGGGUACGCGAACUGCGACAUCCGGGCCUACGUGGCGGCGCUGGACAUCAUGCAGAGCUACUACCCGGAGCGGCUGGGGCGGGUGUUCCUGAUCCACGUGCCGCGGGUGUUCAUGGCGGCGUGGCGGAUGGUGUACCCGUUCAUCGACGACAAGACCAAGAAGAAGUUCGUGUUCGUCGCCGACGCCGACCUCGACGCCGCGCUCCGGGACGCCGUCGACGAGGCCCAGCUGCCCGAGAUGUACGGCGGGAAGCUCAAGCUGCAGGGGUACGUGGCGGCGAGGAGCUCCACGUCCCCGCCGUCGACGACGACGGCCAGUUAAUUGACUGGUCGGUCGGUCACGUGAGAGUUGUGGGUGUGGCCCGGUUAAUUAAUUUGUGUGCAAGAAGUAUACGUGAAUGUAGACCCACUUUUUAAGCAAGUACUGGGUACGUGGAGUAGUACGAACCGUGUACGGAUGGUUAAUUCUGAAUUGAAGUUGUUGGAAGUUAGGGUUGGUCCCUGGCUGGCUGUCUGGCAAAAAUAUGGGCAGUGGCACAUGCAUGAAAUGUGUAGGUUCAAAAAUUGAUUUCCA